AUGAGAAUCAGCAACUUGAUCAUGGCCGCCAGCGCUGCUGGUCUGGUCAACGCUCUGCCCGUACGCGAGAUGGCCAAAAAACGCUCCUCUGGAUUUACCUGGGUCGGUGUCAGCGAAUCUGGUGCCGAAUUCGGUAGCAGCAUCCCCGGAACCCUGGGUACAGACUACACAUGGCCCGAUACCUCCAAGAUCCAGACUCUGCGCGACGCGGGUAUGAACAUCUUCCGUGUUCCAUUUUUGAUGGAGCGUCUGGUCCCCAGCUCCAUGACCGGUACCCCGGAUGCCACCUACCUGAGCGACCUGAAGAAGACCGUCAAGUUCAUUACCGACUGUGGUGCUUAUGCCAUUAUUGAUCCUCAUAACUAUGGAAGAUACUCUGGAAGUAUCAUUUCCUCUACUUCCGACUUCCAGACAUUCUGGAAGACCGUCGCUAGCGAAUUCGCCUCCAAUGACAAGGUCAUCUUCGAUACCAACAAUGAAUACCAUGAUAUGGACCAGACUCUGGUGCUCAAUUUGAACCAGGCCGCCAUCAAUGGUAUUCGUGAUGCCGGUGCCACAACGCAAUACAUCUUCGUUGAGGGUAACCACUACAGUGGCGCCUGGACCUGGACUGACAACAAUGACAACCUUAAGGGUUUGACGGAUCCUCAGGACAAGAUCGUCUUUGAGAUGCACCAGUAUCUCGACUCGGACGGUUCUGGUACCUCUGAGUCCUGUGUCAGCUCCACUAUCGGCCAGGAGCGUGUGGAGUCUGCCACUCAGUGGCUGAAGGACAACGGCCUCAAAGGAUUCCUUGGAGAGUUCGCCGGUGGUGUCAACUCCCAGUGUGAGACCGCCGUUGAGGGUCUUCUCUCUUACAUGUCCGAGAACAGCGAUGUCUGGCUCGGUGCUUCGUGGUGGUCUGCCGGUCCCUGGUGGGGAACUUAUAUGUACAGUCUCGAGCCUACUAGCGGUCCUGCCUACUCAACCUACCUUCCCAUUCUGAAGAAGUACUUUGUGAGCGGCACCGCCUCUUCUUCCUCCUCUUCCUCGAGCACCAGCUCUUCUGCCUCUGUGACCAAGCCAACCACUACUACCGCUACUCAGGUUGAGGUCGUCGACACUUCUUCCCCUUCCUCUACUCCUACUCCGUCCUCUGUCCCUCCAGCCGAGCCUACCGCUCCCGCUCCUUCUAAGGCUGCUCAGCCCUCCAAGCCCUCGAGUGCUACCCCCAGCACCACGGCGACCGCCGCUGCUUCGACUCCUGCUUCUGGCUCUGCUUCCGGUUGCCGUGCCUCCAAGCCUACUGCCAGCAGCUCUGCCUCUGCCUCUGGUGUCGCCAAGCACUGGUACCAAUGCGGUGGAAUCAACUGGACCGGCCCUACAACCUGCGAGAGCGGCUACACCUGUGUUAAGCAGAACCCUUACUACCACCAGUGUGUUUAA